GGACAUGAUGAUUCUCUCUAUCGAAAGAAGGAGGAGAGUGGCGAAGGAUAAGCCAAGGAGGUCUGUGGUUCAAGGUUCGAAAAUGGUUAAUACUUUUGUUGUUUUAAAUGAGGUGGGUGACGGUGUGGAGUUGAACGGUGUGUUGGAGGGGAAUGUACAAGCACAAAGUGGUUUGGGGAUGGUCCAACAGGUGGAUGUUGAUGUGACUACCUUGAAUGGUGUAGGUGAGGAUGUGGAAUUAACAAAUGUCUUGCAUCAUAUUGAGAGGACUCAAGAGGAGGGAAUUAACAGGAAUGAGGAAUUUGAAGUUAAUUCUGUUGGGGAAAAUGUGAGAUCAGGAACAUUGCAAGAUGCUCAAAUGCCUAAGAAUUGCUUAGAGGAACAUGAGCAGAAUGUCUCUGAUACAGCUAGAACUAGUUUGGAGGUGUUAAGUUUGGAGGAUUAACAUAAUAUUAGA